GUUAACCAGACCCACUUACUUCGUACCGUUAACGCUACCAUUUGCCCAUUUUCUUUCUUGCGCAACACGCAACUGAAUCAUCUUCAAAUUACACUCCAUUUUGCUUCGUUCUUCCUCUCAAUAUCAACUCAAUUUGCUCCAAUUAAUCAAAUCAAAUAUGGGGAGAGGAAAGUUCAAGGGCAAGCCAACUGGUCGUCGUCAAUUCUCUACUCCCGAAGAGAUGCUUGCUGGCACUUCGUCUCGUCCACGUACGUUCAAAAAGGAAGAAGCUGAAGUCGAGGAGGACAGAUCUGAGGAAGAAUCUGAAGAGUCAUCUGAGGAAGAAUCUGAUAGGAAGAAAGGAACCGAAGGUGUUAUUGAGAUUGAGAACCCUAAUAUGGCUAGGCCCAAGACCUUGAAAGCAAGAGACGUUGAUAUGGAGAAAACUACUGAACUUUCAAGACGCGAAAGAGAAGAAAUUGAGAAAGAGAGGGCUCAUGAAAGGUAUAUGAAGUUGCAAGAGCAGGGGAAGACGGAACAAGCAAGGAAGGAUUUAGAGCGCUUGGCUCUUAUAAGACAACAAAGGGCAGAUGCUGCUAAGAAACGUGAAGAAGAGAAGGCUGCCAAAGACCAAAAGAAGGCUGAAGCACGAAAGUGAGCCCGUUUGGUAACCGGGAAGCAAUGGUCUGAAAAUGGUAGUUUUGCAUAUGUUUGGUUUAGUUGGUUUUAAGUCAACAUUUAUAUAUGGUGAUUGAGGGGAUCUUUCUUUCACCAUUUCAACAAUCUUACUUUAAGGUCAUUUUGAUACUUAGCACUAGGCAAUUUUGAUGGGAUUGGCUCAAUUUUCUUGAUAAAUUGCACUCUGCUAUAUGCUUGAAAUUGGUCAAUUUCGAUCAAGCUACUUGUUAAUGGGUCAAUUUCAACCAA